UUAGCGUGCGUCCUUAUAAUUUUCAUAUUUCAUAUAUUUUUACAUACACAUCCAUCAGAAGAAGCAAAGAAAAAAAAGAAAAUGGAAUGGAUCAGAGAGGGCGUGGACUCUAUCAAAUCCAUUCAACUCAGACAAACUCUCUCUCAGGCUGUCAAUCUUGGCUUAAUACUUACAUCAGCUCUCAUUAUAUGGAAAGGACUAAUAUGUAUAACUGGUAGUGAAUCACCUGUUGUAGUUGUGCUCUCUGAAAGCAUGGAACCCGGCUUCCAAAGAGGUGACAUUUUGUUCUUGCAUAUGAGCAAGGACCCUCUUCGUGCAGGAGAAAUCGUCGUCUUUAAUGUAGAUGGACAUGAUAUUCCGAUUGUCCACCGAGUAAUUAAGGUUCAUGAGCGGCAAGAUACUGGAGAAGUUUAUAUCCUCACAAAAGGAGACAAUAAUCCUAAAGAUGACAGGGUAUUGUAUGCUCAGGGCCAACGUUGGGUGCAACGACACCAUGUCAUGGGGAGAGCUGUCGGGUUUUUGCCUUAUGUUGGUUGGAUGACAAUUAUCAUGACUGAAAAACCCAUAAUCAAGUAUAUAAUUAUUGGCGCAUUGGGAUUGCUGGUCAUUACCUCAAAGGAUUAGAGAUGUAUAUUUCCAGUUUCAAUACAAGGUUCUCACCAUACAGAAUUUUCUUUCUAGACAGAGACCAAGAAGAUAGGAGAAUGAGUAGGCAAUUAGGCAUGGUCAUACACCACAUAAAUUUUAUAGAUCUGAUUACCUUUCCUGUUCUGUAGACUGACAGUCAAAACACUGCCAAUUGGAUCAAAUACUUGUUAAGGUUAAUAUCAAUUGGACGAGGUGUUGCUUUUGUCA